GCUGGGGCUCAGCAUGGCGGAGGUGGCGGCCGCUCCCGCCGUGCCCGCGAUCCGGAGCCCCCGGCGCUGAGCCGGAGCCGCGCCGACCCGGCGGCCGAACCUGCCUUUUCCCCACCCCCCCCCCUUCCCCCUCCUUCCCUCCGCCCGCCAUGGCCGAGCUGGCGGCCGCGGGCGCCUCCUCGCUGCCCCGCGAGGUCCGUGAGCAGCUGGCUGAGCUGGAGCUGGAGCUCUCCGAAGGGGACAUCACACAGAAGGGGUAUGAGAAGAAGAGAGCAAAGCUGCUGGCUCCGUAUGUUCCACAAACCCAAGGGGUUGAUCCAGUGUUACAGAAGGAAUCCAGAACUCAGAUGCCUGUUCCAUCUGCAACUCCAGCCUCAGCAUCAUCAUCGUCAUCAUCCUCAUCCAAAUUUCACCGAGCUCGCUCAGGAGGAGCCAGAGAUGAACGCUAUCGAUCCGACAUCCACACAGAAGCCGUUCAAGCAGCCCUGGCAAAACACAAAGAACAGAAGAUGGCCCUGCCCAUGCCAACGAAAAGACGGUCUACGUUUGUUCAGUCUCCAGCUGAUGCCUGCACUCCCCCAGACACGUCUUCUGCCUCCGAGGACGAGGGGUCGCUAAGGCGCCAAGCUGCUCUUUCUGCUGCAUUGCAUCAGAGCUUACAGAAUGCUGAGUCUUGGAUCAACCGAUCUAUUCAGGGGUCAUCCACAUCUUCAUCAGCAUCUUCUACACUUUCCCAUGGAGAAGGCAAAGGGACCAGUGGGUCACUAGCUGAUGUAUUUGCCAAUACUCGAAUAGAAAAUUUCUCCAUUCCCCCAGAUGUCACAGCAACUACCUCCUCUUCCUCGGCACGCCCAGCAGCGAUUGACCUUCCUCCUUCAGGGAUCGUGAAAGGCAUGCACAAGGGAUCUAAUCGGUCGAGUCUCAUGGAUACUGCUGAUGGUGUUCCUGUGAGUAGUAGAGUCUCCACGAAAAUUCAGCAGUUGCUUAACACCUUGAAACGACCUAAAAGACCACCUCUGAAAGAAUUUUUUGUGGAUGAUUUUGAAGAAAUUGUGGAAGUCCCCCAGCCUGACCCCAACCAGCCCAAGCCAGAGGGACGCCAGAUGACACCCGUGAAGGGAGAACCCCUGGGAGUUGUUUGUAACUGGCCUCCUGCCUUAGAAGCGGCGCUGCAGCGCUGGGGCACCACGCAAGCAAAGUGCCCCUGUCUGACCGCACUGGAUGUUACAGGAAAACCAGUUUAUACCCUCACGUACGGCAAACUGUGGAGCAGAAGCCUCAAGCUGGCCUACACGCUGCUUAAUAAGCUGGGGACCAAAAACGAACCCGUGUUAAAACCUGGCGACAGGGUAGCCCUUGUUUAUCCCAACAAUGACCCGGUCAUGUUUAUGGUGGCGUUUUACGGCUGUCUCCUAGCAGAAGUCAUCCCAGUGCCUAUAGAGGUACCUCUUACCAGAAAGGAUGCUGGUGGUCAGCAGAUUGGUUUCCUGCUGGGAAGCUGUGGUAUUGCGUUGGCCCUCACCACUGAAGUCUGUCUGAAAGGGCUCCCAAAAACCCAAAACGGAGAAAUUGUGCAGUUUAAAGGUUGGCCCAGACUCAAAUGGGUUGUGACAGAUUCAAAAUAUCUCUCCAAAUCUCCCAAGGACUGGCAGCCCAACAUCUCAGCUGCAGGAACUGAGCCAGCAUAUAUUGAGUACAAGACGAGCAAAGAGGGCAGCGUUAUGGGUGUUACGGUGUCUCGGAUUGCCAUGCUGUCUCACUGUCAAGCCUUGUCUCAGGCCUGCAACUAUUCUGAAGGUGAAACGAUAGUGAAUGUGUUGGAUUUUAAGAAGGAUGCAGGGUUGUGGCACGGCAUUCUAACGAAUGUAAUGAACAAAUUGCACACGAUCAGCGUGCCCUACUCUGUGAUGAAAACCUGUCCGCUCUCAUGGGUGCAGAGGGUUCAUGCCCACAAAGCAAAGGUUGCUUUAGUCAAGUGUCGAGACUUGCACUGGGCCAUGAUGGCCCACCGAGACCAAAGAGACGUCAGUUUGAGUUCUCUACGCAUGCUGAUUGUAACCGACGGUGCAAAUCCUUGGUCCGUUUCCUCGUGUGAUGCCUUCCUGAGCUUGUUUCAGAGCCACGGGCUUAAACCAGAGGCGAUUUGUCCAUGCGCGACAUCUCCAGAAGCGAUGACGAUCGCAAUACGGAGGCCUGGGGUCCCUGGGGCACCUUUGCCUGGAAGAGCCAUCCUGUCCAUGAACGGGCUGAGCUUUGGUGUCAUUCGUGUCAACACCGAAGAUAAAAACUCCGCUCUCACUGUCCAGGACGUUGGUCACGUGAUGCCAGGAGGAAUGAUGUGUAUAGUGAAACCUGAUGGGCCACCUCAGCUCUGUAAAACGGAUGAGAUCGGUGAAAUCUGCGUUAGCUCCAGAGCGGGAGGAAUGAUGUAUUAUGGGCUGGCAGGGGUGACAAAGAACACAUUUGAGGUUAUCCCCGUGAACUCGGCUGGCUCUCCAGUGGGUGAUGUGCCGUUUGUUCGGUCCGGCUUGCUGGGUUUUGUUGGACCUGGCAGUUUGGUGUUCGUGGUUGGAAAAAUGGACGGAUUGCUGAUGGUUAGCGGACGCAGACAUAAUGCCGAUGACAUUGUAGCAACUGGAUUGGCAGUAGAAUCAAUAAAAACAGUUUACAGAGGAAGGAUUGCUGUGUUCUCCGUGUCUGUCUUCUAUGACGAGAGGAUUGUCGUGGUUGCGGAGCAGAGGCCAGAUGCCUCUGAAGAGGACAGUUUUCAGUGGAUGAGUCGAGUGCUGCAGGCAAUUGACAGCAUUCACCAAGUGGGUGUAUACUGCCUUGCUCUUGUGCCAGCCAAUACAUUGCCAAAAACUCCGCUGGGAGGGAUCCAUAUCUCUCAAACGAAACAGCACUUUCUGGAGGGCUCGCUGCAUCCCUGCAACAUCCUCAUGUGCCCGCACACGUGUGUGACCAACUUGCCAAAACCCAGGCAGAAACAACCAGGCGUUGGCCCUGCCUCUGUGAUGGUGGGGAACCUGGUCGCUGGGAAGCGUAUUGCUCAAGCCUCUGGAAGAGAUCUCGGUCAAAUAGAAGACAACGACUUAGUCAAAAAGCACCAGUUCCUGACGGAGGUGUUACAGUGGAGAGCUCAAGCAACUCCUGACCACCCACUCUUCCUUUUAUUAAAUGCCAAGGGAACCACUGUGUGCACAGCCACCUGCCUUCAGCUGCACAAAAAAGCUGAGAGAAUUGCAUCAGUUCUGUGUGACAGAGGACAUCUCAAUGCAGGAGACAAUGUGGUGCUUCUUUAUCCUCCUGGCAUUGAGCUAAUCACCGCGUUCUAUGGCUGUUUGUAUGCUGGCUGCAUCCCCGUGACCGUGAGACCACCUCAUGCUCAGAGCCUCACUGCUACUCUGCCCACUGUGCGAAUGAUCGUGGAAGUGAGCAAAGCUGCCUGUAUUCUCACAACCCAGACCUUAAUGAGACUGCUGAAAUCCAGAGAGGCGGCUGCUGCCGUAGACGUGAAAACCUGGCCGACCAUCAUCGACACAGAUGACUUGCCCAGGAAGCGGCUGUCUCAGAUCUAUAAGCCACCUACGCCUGAAAUGUUAGCAUAUCUAGAUUUUAGUGUUUCCACAACGGGCAUGCUUACAGGAGUAAAGAUGUCCCACGCAGCAGUGAGCGGCCUUUGCAGGGCAAUCAAGCUUCAGUGUGAGCUCUACUCCUCGCGGCAGAUUGCGAUUUGUCUUGACCCCUAUUGUGGACUAGGUUUUGUGCUCUGGUGCCUUUGCAGUGUGUAUUCUGGACACCAGUCAAUUUUAAUUCCUCCUAUGGAGCUGGAAUCCAAUCUUUUUCUCUGGUUAUCUACUGUCAGCCAGUAUAAAAUAAGGGACACUUUCUGUUCCUACUCAGUCAUGGAACUGUGCACAAAGGGACUUGGAAACCAAGUUGAAAUGUUGAAGGCACGAGGAAUUAAUCUGUCCUGUGUCCGGACUUGUGUGGUAGUCGCAGAGGAACGGCCACGGGUUUCUCUCACUCAUUCCUUCUCCAAACUCUUCAAAGACAUCGGCCUGUCGUCCCGUGCUGUAAGCACCACCUUCGGAUCCAGGGUCAACGUUGCGAUCUGUUUACAGGGAACAUCUGGGCCCGAUCCCACCACGGUGUAUGUAGAUCUGAAAUCCUUGAGACAUGACAGAGUACGUCUGGUGGAAAGGGGAGCUCCACAAAGCCUGCUGCUCUCAGAAUCCGGGAAGAUUUUACCUGGAGUCAAAGUCAUCAUUGUUAACCCAGAGACGAAAGGGCCUCUUGGAGAUUCUCAUCUUGGGGAGAUUUGGGUCAACAGCCCGCACACGGCCAGUGGCUACUACACCAUUUAUGACAACGAAACCCUUCAAGCCGAUCAUUUCAACACUCGUCUGAGCUUUGGUGAUGCUGCUCAGACCCUCUGGGCUCGGACUGGGUACCUCGGGUUUGUUCGUCGGACAGAGCUCACAGCUGCCAGCGGAGAGCGCCACGAUGCCCUAUAUGUUGUGGGAGCCCUGGAUGAAACUUUGGAACUGAGGGGGCUGCGCUACCAUCCGAUUGAUAUCGAGACUUCUGUAUCUCGAACGCACAGAAGCAUCGCUGAAUGUGCUGUAUUCACGUGGACCAACUUGCUGGUGGUGGUCGUGGAGCUGUGCGGCUGCGAACAGGAAGCCCUGGAUUUGGUUCCUCUGGUUACAAAUGUGGUCCUGGAAGAACAUUACCUGAUCGUGGGAGUGGUGGUGGUGGUGGAUCCUGGAGUUAUUCCCAUCAAUUCCAGAGGAGAGAAACAACGCAUGCAUCUCCGCGACAGUUUCCUAGCUGAUCAGUUAGACCCCAUCUACGUCGCCUAUAACAUGUAACGCGUAUGGGGGAAGCGACGCUGAGAAGCUCGGCGGGACCACGACACGACGAAGGGUGGCUGUAGAAACGAAGCUGGUGAAAAUUACUAAUACUUGAGAUAAAGUUUGAGAUUGCUGCCAUGUUCCCUGCAUUUCAUCCUGUGGUGUAAGCUGGGUGUCGACUACCAACAGACAAAAGGCAACGUGGUAGACAAUGGAAAACGUUUGUAACAGUUUACUGAACUAUUAGCUUUAUAGAAAAUGCAAAGUUGACAAGUGUGUGAGCUACAAAAUUCCUAAGGCCUUUACAGUAGUGUUACUUUUUUUUCAUCCGUUGUACAUAUUUGUAUUUUUAUCUAAUACUGGUUUAGGAUUCUAUAAGGGGAGGGUUUAUUUAGUUAAGAUAAUAAACUAUUAAGAAAAGGGUCAUCAAGAGUUCUGCAGUUCCCUGCUAUCUAAUGUACUUUGCAUCUGUACUGUAGCUGUUCGUUCCAUGGGAUCACACAACUUAUUUAAAAUUGUGCCAUGACCAAAUCAAUAACUUACGGAAUCUAAGAGUUACUUAUUCAUAUAGAUAUUUCUUGAAUUUAAAAAGAAUUUUGCCUAUAUUUUAAAUAUGUAAAUAUUAUUAUACAUAAUUCACUUAGAUAGAAGAUUAACUUGGAUAACGAUGACAGCUGAAGGUAGAAAUUUUUAAGGACAAGUGACUUUGUGGUCCUUAGCAGAAUUACGUUUGGUUUAGACAACUAAUGCGAGAGACACGCAUCUUCCACGAGUUUUCUUAUUUCCGUCUGUCGUCUUUUAUUGCUGGCCAGAAGUUCGUCAUAGCAUGUAGAAACCUGUGAUUUUAAGGCACAUCUUGCAAAAAGAGGCUGAAUUGAAAGAGGGACGUGGAAUUGGGUUGAAAUUGCAGUGCUAGUCCGAAAACGCUCGGCGGAAACGAUGCACCUGAGCGACAGCCUCUGCCCCCAUCCUCCGUGCCACCUCGUGCGUAAAGGACCAAAGAAUCCUUUAGACUGACGCGGUGAAAUUCGCCGUUGGUGCGAUUCUGUCGUCGCACCGUUGGGUUCCCUCUAGGUAGAGCGAGAAACGCGGUAAAUAGGCUUCGGGUUUCCUCCAGGCGUUCGCUAGAAAGAGCGAAAUCACUCUGGGGUGUAAGUUGAAGGCGGCUUUUCUUUAGCAGGAGGAGGCACAAAAAUGAGACGGAACAAUUCCGGUAAACACGUCGUUAGAUGACUUUGUGACAAUUAAUCUCUCAGCCUUCAAAAUCCUGCGUCAGUUUUCAACGUUAGGAAAUGUAAAGAAACAGAAGCCCUCGAGCAGCAGGUAUAAGCUCUUAUUGUCAGGGAACGAUCGCACACUGGGCUGAGGGAGAGGUGGUGUUUAAUUUUGACUCCAAAUUACCUUUCUUUUGUCUAAUAAUUAAUAAUUAUCUUCUAAAACCAAUUACAUUCCCAGGGGUGUUCAGAAAAUAGGAUUCAGGAAGCAAUGAGAGCUGACACCAGAUCCUGCAACAGGGGUUUUUUUUGGGAGUCAGAUGUGGUAUACAGUGUAAAUAAACUCGUUGCCAUGUUCCAGAUUACCUCAUUCAGAGUUUUUAGGCAGUUUUUUUAAAAGGUUUAUAACAGGAACUCUGACGAUCCUGCAGCAGUUACGGGAGCAGAACCCAGCGUCCCUGUAAGCGCACCCCAGUUUUCCUUGGAAAAGUCCUGAUGCGCUCCCAGGAGCGUUAAAAUCAAGAUAAAAAGUUGCGGAUGAUAUUUUUGAAGACUGUUUGGUGGGGGAAUAUUUAGAAAGCGCAAGUUGUUACGGCAAGCUGAGACUCGAGCGCGCUUCGGUGGCAGGUUUUUGGAACGGUUUCUCUCGGGCCGCUUCCUAAGGCGCGUCCUAAACCCCCGGCGCCUCCAGUCCUUCCUGUAUUUAUUCCUUGUCACAAACUGGCCGCGGAGGGAGGGAGGGAGGUGGCAGGUGUAACUGUAACUACCCCAGCUGGUACUGCACCUCCUUCAGGGUGUAAAGUGCACGCAGGUUGUUCCCCCUUCGUGUUACUACAUGUGAUGUGUAACGCCGUUGUUGGCGUUACCUGGCGCAGCGAGGGGACUUGCCGUACGGCUUCGCUUCGUUCUUGCCCAUCUCAGAAACAAUUCUGAGGGUCUUCAGCUUUUUCUUACUCCAAGCUUCGGAUAAAUUGUUUCAACAAAUACUUUAUUUAUCCAUGGCAGCGGAUUUUCAGUACAAUUCCAGGAUUGUCUUUUAUUUUGACUUGCCAUUGUUUCAACAAAUACUUUAUUUAUCCAUGGAAGUGGAUUUUCAGUACAAUUCCAGGAUUGUCUUUUAUUUUGACUUGCCAUUUCUUCCAGAAAUAAAAAAUGCACGUAUUGAUUCGAUGGAAGAUUCCCAGUAUGUGGUAGAUUGAUGUUCUGAAACGGCAUUUUUGAAUGACAUACUGGAUUCUUUUGAUUAUUUUUCUUUUUCUCCUUGGUGUUUUUUUUAUUAUUAUUAUUUGGAUAGGUAUUGAUAGCUUCCUCUUACCAUUUGGGGGUUUAUCCUGCAAGUUUACUGUGUUACUCUUAAUCUUUCUUCUGGCAUGUUCCAUUUCUCUGUGUCGGAGAACUGUAAGUAAUCCCGUAGAAUGAGAGCACAUUCCGUUCUCCAUCGCCAGUAAGCGACACGCAGCAGCUGGCCGGUUCCGACUUUAUGGAAUGCUGUUUGGCGCGGGGAAAAGCGAUGUCCUGGAGAGGAGGAAGCGCGGAGCCGUGGGUUUGGAAACCCCGGGUCCUGACUCCGGCCCCGCUGACAGCUUGCCACAAGGCCUUCCACAGGUCACUUCACUCCUUCAGUUUCUUCCUCUGUGGAGGAGGAUCUUACUUAAUCCUUACAACAUCCCUGUGAGGUAACUAACUGUACAGCACUAAGUGCUACCUAUUUUUCAUUGCUAGCCUCUUUGAGGCUGGGCUCAGUUUUUCUUCCCAACGGAUAAGCGAUGGUUUGGUUGUCGCGGGAAGGCUCCCGAAGGAUGUGACCGGUUUUGCUUGGCGACGGUCGCUGGGUUUCUUUUUUCCAUACGAGAGCAAAACUCAAAAGACUUGAGGGAAUGGGCAGGGCUGUCGCGUGGUGGGGUUUGGAGUCGGGCGCGUUGCCGUAAGCGCCGACUCCAGCGUCGAGUCCCACGCAGCAGACUCUCCGCGCCAGGUUGACUUUGCAGCUGAGGCAGUGGCAGGAGGCAAAAUUAUUUUCCUACUGUUGUCCCAUCGGAUUCCAAGCUAACAGCUGUGGUGCGAGUUAAAGAAAAAAAAACAAACCAACAAACUUAGGAAUUCUUAACGCUUUGAACUAAAAUAUUUUGUAUGUCUUACUGUUGAUGAAUAGUCCCUAAGCAAAAUAUGUGGGUACAGAUAAUUUCAAGUCCUGUUUUGUUAAAAAUUUGCACUGCAUUUCUGAUUUAAAUAAAUGUAAUUAAGAUGUGUCAUACUAACUGUCCUAAAACUAAGAUUGUAAAAACGAGAUAAAUUUUAACCCUAGGUGCAGUUUUUCCUUAAUUUCUGUCAACCUAUCUACCAUUGUCAAAUUCAGACUACAGCGUUCUGUAAUUAUGUAUAAAGUUUUUAUUUAUUUAAAAUUAGAUUAGAUAUACAUUUUUAAAUUUAACACCUGGCUGGACAGUGUUCCAUUAACGCAUUGAUUGUGUUUCCUUUGUCUUGUGUUAAUAAAUAUUGAUGCCUGAUUGCUCGCCGA